CGAUUGUUUGGCUUCAUAUAGUCAAGCGUAAGUAUAAUAGAUUUACAGAUAUACAAUAUACAUAUUUGCAUUAGCUUAGUUAUUCGUUCUCUUAUAAAAGCACAUCAUCUUUCAGUGAAUUUUUAUCUUUUUGCGAUUGAUGGUGAAAAAAAUUAUAGGUAGGCCUGUUUGCUUUUUACUUGAUUUGCCAAAGAGCGCGCUGCACCAAAAUAAAUUUUACAACAACUAACUGGUUCACUUACGAUUUAUGAUCAUUCAUUAUUUAACUAUCCAAUAUAUCCAACUAGAUUUGUGCAUUCGUAUUUUCAUAUCCUUUCCGGUUAGUUCGAAUAAUUUAAAUCAACAUAUUUCGCGUAUAAUUAAUUCGAAUAAAUAAUAUGUAUUAAAAAAGGAAGAAAUUUCGCGCUGCGUUUGUGAUUAUAUUCGAAGGAACUUCAAUUUAUCUGGAGCUGGACUUUUUGCAUUGUUUAAGUAUCACGAUCUCGAAGAAUCUACAUUUUUCGUAAUUAUGGAUCUAACACUGGAAGAGAUCGAACAGCUUCGGAGGGACUCUGAAGAGCUCAAAAGGCUGAAAAAACAACAGAAAGAAGCCGCCGAUGAAACUAAAUCUGAUCGCAGACCUUCCAGUUCUAGCCAACUUACAGCUACGUCUAGUCCAAGCUCUUCAAACGUUACACUAAGUUUAAGCACAAUGACCAGACCGGACCGAGAUAUCGCCGAACAACAACAGAAGAAAUCCACCGAUGAAGCUGAAUCAGAUCGCAGUUCUUCAAAUAUUGUUACACCAAGCACAUUAUACGAAGUAUGUCGAAUUUGGGGCGAAACAAUGGGGGUACAAAUCGCGAAAGCUUUCGCGAACGCACUCGGAGACGGAGACCCUGAUCGUAGAUCAGAUGACGAAUCCAAAGUUGAAACCCACGGUGACGUUUACGAAUCAAUGCUCGAGUUCCAGCAUCGAAGUUUCUCUUUAAAUAAACGUAUUUCGGAUGCGACCGAAGCUAAGCUGACGUUUAAUAUUCCAAAAUCAAGAUCUCUGAUUAUCAUCAAAGAACCCAAGUUUAGAAAAAAGAACGUCGAACCUGAAGAUUUUUAUAGACUCACGCCCGAUAUGUUCGCUUUUGCCAAAGUCAAGCCUUGGAUUGGCAGUUCAGAUUAUCGUAUGCCCGAAGAAUUCUUGAAAGAAUUUGUAUUCAGAAUAAAACCCUGGUGUGAAAAUAACUGGAUGUUGAACCAAGCGUUUAUGGACUUAUUGCAUGGCGAAGAUUUCGAGACAGAGAGUUUCAAGGGACGUGUAAAUUGUAACGAAUCGUUUCGAUUGACCGCGGUUGCAUUUAUUACUAAAUUUAGCAAGCCAAUUGUCUACAAUAGUGAUUUAAACAUGUUCGCGAACGAGUCUUUGGGACAAGAGCUAAAGGCUUCCGAAUUUGUAGCGUUCUGGCUACGCCGGUUUCAAUAUAAUCCAAACGCUGAUCCGAACUGGGUGAUGACGAAAAUGGCCGCCAAGUUACCAGAAUUUCGAUCUGUCUUUAAAAAUCUCAAAGAUGAUGCUACCGUCGACGACAUAAUAGAAGAAGUUUGCGAUUUCGAAAGGGAUGAUGAAUAUUAUACAAUAAGCUUUUCAUCAUGUUACGAACAGAUACGUGAACAAUAUCUAUGAAUGAAACAAGUGAUGCUGAUGGUGAAAAAAACGUGUGUUCAUUGGACGUUAUCUAGAUAUGUUAAUAUCGUUUUGAAGUACUCAUUUACUUAUAGUUUCUUUUUCAAUUUUUCAAUUGUUUUUGAUGAAGUUUGUUUUUAGUUUUUGAAGUUCAUCUAGUGUUUUUAUUCGAGACUGAUGGCAUGACUAUACCUAUCGUAUGUUCCUUUUUCACCUGUUUAAGGAUGAUAUUUUUUUUCUAUUUUUUCACUCGAGUUUUUGUUUUUUGUAUUUUUUCAUUGAUUUUUUUGCUUUUGUUUUACAUUAUAGAUGUUUAUAUUUUUCAUUUUUAAAAUUGUUAGAAUUAACAUUUUAGAAUCAAAAUUUCUUUCAGGCGAGAAGGAGCAGUUAUAUGGGUAGCAUAAGGUAAACUUUUGAAGACGUUUCUUUUUUUUUUAUUUUAUUAUUAUUAUUAAGUAUUUCAUAUAAUUUCUAUGUAAUUAAACAAUGACUUGAGGAAGUAAAUUAGAGUUUAAUAUUACAUUUUAA